UUAGGGUAAGGGUUCUACUUAGGUUCAGGUCAGGAUUAGGCAUUUAGUUUUGAUGAUUAAGGUUAGGGUAGGGGGCUAAAGAAUACAUAAUGCCAAUGAGUGUCCUCACUAAUAUAGAUGUACAAACGUGUGUGUGUGUGUGUGUGCGUGCGUGCAUCAGGGGGUGGGUGCAUUGGUCCGUGUCAGACAGCAAAGAGUGCCGCAGUUAUCUAGGAAUCUGAGCCAAAGCAACCUCACUAACAGAGAGGAGCAGGAGAAAGAGGAGGACGAGCAGUGAGGAGGAAAGGAAAGCAAUAGAAAGAAGACAGCAAUAGAAAGAUCUGGACAAAAAGAAGAGGACACACUUUCCACCUGAAGAGGCACUUACUGAGAUUUAAAGAAAAGCAGAGAAUCAACAACAACAAAAGGACAAACAGCUUGGAGAGAGGCGGCAGGACCACUGCUCCAGAGAUUAAAACAAAGUUUGGGAAAAGCCUCCAUUUUCCCAUGAUUCCUUUUGGUUCUCUUGGUAUGCUAUCACUGUAUGUGGGCACCCUGCUGUCCUUAGAUGCAUCCCCGGCCUGCACACACCCUCCCUGCAGGGACAGUCUGGUGGCUGCACCCAUGCCACCUGGGAUGGGGGCAGGAGUGGGCAGUGGGGCCUGUGAGGGUCAGACUGGGACAGCAGGCUGUCGCAUGGGGGUUUCACAUCCAGCCAUCUCAGACGCUCCACGGCGGUCGGAGCACAGGCACGAGUCCCCCCAGGUUCAGCCUAAGACUGGAGUUGUCAAAGAGCGUCUCGUUCAGCUGCAGCGCUGCAUGCACUCUCUCCAGGAAACAGGAGGAGCCUGGAGCCACGGGGGCCAGGAGAGCAACUCUCUGGGAGCCAUUCUGGCUCUAAUGGCAGCUGUGCUGACAGAGUGUGACCUCCACUGUCACAGCCAGGCCCUUGGGGUGAUGGCCAAACGACUAGAAAGUGCAGCAGUGGGGAGAGAGGGGGAGAAAGAUCUGCUGCUGUUCCUGAAGAGCAUCACACAACACCCACCGACAGUUUCCCCUUUGGAGAGGUUACAUCCUCAGGACUGUGCAGAGAUUUACAGGAUCGGCAUCAAAGACAAUGGAAUCUACACCAUUCAGCCUGACCUGCACAGGCCGGCACUGGAGGCUAAAUGUGACAUGGAGACGGCGGGCGGUGGUUGGACGGUGAUCCAGAAUCGGCAGGACGGUUCGCUGAACUUCAACAGGACAUGGCAGGAAUACCGCGAGGGCUUUGGGAGUCCGCAGGGAGAGCACUGGCUGGGGAACGCAGUGCUGACCGCACUCACCUCCGUCGGCCAACACCAGCUCCGGAUUGAGCUGGAGGACUGGCACCAUCAGAGACGCCAUGCCACCUACAACAAUUUCAAAGUGGCCUCAGAGGCACAGAGGUAUCGUCUGACAGCUCGUGAAUACUCUGGAGAUGCAGGCAACGCCUUGAGUUACAGCAAACGCUACAACCACGACGGCAGAUCCUUCAGCACCGCUGACCGGGAUCAUGACCGCUACGCAGCAGGAAACUGUGGUCAGUACUACGGCACAGGCUGGUGGUUCGAUGCCUGCCUGGCGGCCAACCUGAAUGGUCGGUACUACCGUGGGCGCUACAGUGGGGUGACCAACGGUAUCUACUGGGGGACGUGGUACAUCCUGACAGACGGACGGACUGGAGAACGCUACUCCUUCAAGAGGGUGGAGAUGAAAACGAGACCUAAGAACUUUGUGGGGAGGUCCUAAAUCUAACAUGACUCAACUGAAAAUAAGUGGCACAACCGACUGUAAUGAUCAUGUCACUCACAGUUGAGGAACAGAUGUGAGAUAUAGAGUUACAGUGUGGACAUCACUGUGUUUAGAGCAGUUUUUGUGUCGCUUAUGAAAUCUAUGCAGACGGCAGCUAAUAGAUUCAAGAAAAAUAUACAAAAGAUAAUGUUUAAACAAUAUUUCAUAUUCACUAGCAGACUGUUUGAGGCUAAACCCCACAUUACAUUAUACUUCUGUUAAUUAUGGGGCUACUCCAUAGACUGUACAUAAAGAUGGACCUUAUGACUGCUCCCCCAAAGUGAAGCCAAAGUGUCUCAAUCGCCACCUGGUGGUGGGGUUUAUACCCCACCACCAUCGACCAAACUAAAAAGACAAACAAAUUUUUCUCAAAGAUGUUUUCUGUCAUUUUAGGUAGUUCUUAUCACACUGAUGAUUGUUAAAGUGCUAGAGUUAUUUAAUGAUAUAAAAACGGGGGCGGGUGAAACCUUAUGAUUGACAGCUGAGACUCACUCACGAUUGAUUGGUGGGACCUCGACCUCCAGUCCCUGAUCGCUACUGCUCCACAUGUGCAAGAUGGCAGCAUUUGUAUCUGGGAUAUUUUGGAAAUAUAUUUCUGGACAGCGGGAGGAAGUGGAGACAUGUCGUCCAUCUUUUAGAACAGUCUGUGAUAACACCAUGUCAGAGAAACAAAGAAAUAUAUAUUGAAAUAACUGUAGCUGUUACUGUUGUUGUUCUACAUUUACAGAUUCUUUAUUGCACGUUAAAAAAUAACCGUGUGACUCAAUCAGUGGGAUGCCCAGUGAGGCCCGUAUAUACAUACAGAUGUUGUUUACAUAUAGAGGAUGAAUUUAUUGCAAAGCUGCACAUGCACAUACAGCACAAUAAAGAAAAUAAAACAUAUUUAUGUAAAUGCAUGGAUUUAUGGAAUGUGUUUAUGCCACCACCUGCCAAGUCAAUGUAUUUUAGUCGUAUUAACUUCCUGAAGUCAAGAGGUCAUUGUAAUGCUGCAGAGGGAGACUGACAGGGGGGUGAUAUACUGAUCCCUCACUGUGUAAUUCAUGCAACAGACAGAACCAAACCCAGAGCUCAUGGUUUGACAGUCAACAGAGAGAAGUCCAGUUUUGGAGAAACCACUUAUCUCACCCCACCACUUUCCCAGGAGCUGAGACACACUGAUGCUGAGACACACUGAUGCUGAGACACACUGAUGCUGAGACACACUGAGGCUGAGACACACUGAUGCUGACCCCUGCGAGGUUCAUCCUAUUUUCAUUGACUCCAAGUACCCACCCUCCGCCCACUACUAUCAAGUCAGACACACACAGACAGAAACACACACACAGCCUCCCCUGCUUUUUCACAUUGGCGUCCUGCGGGCAGCUCCCUCUGGCUGCGCUUCACAAAGGCUUUCGGGGAGUUUAGUGUUGGUGUGUGAGUGCUGAGUUUGGCUCGUGCAGAAGUGGUGUGUGUGUGUGUGUGUGUGUGUGUGUGUGUGUGUGUGUGUGUGUGUGUGUGUGUGUGUGUGUGUGUGUGUGUGUGUGUAAAACGGCUGCACCUAUUUUAGCAGUGUACAUCAUAAGCUGUCAGUCGCUCCAACAAGCAGUGUUUCUAAUAUUAACCAGUGGCCUAAACACACAGACACACACACAGUGAACAGACUCUCGAGCAGCUACAGUAUUUCACAUACACCACUUAUACACACACUAUGACAUGCCUGCAUUCACGUGCAUGCGCAUACACACACACACACACACACACACACACACACACACACACACACAAUCACACAGGAGACUGAAGGGCUUCUCUCAGCACAUAGAGGUGCAUGAUUUGCUUGACUUCAUUAAAACAAUUUGAGAAUAAAAUGGCUGUUUGAUGGUGCCGCCUUAAUUAUUGUUAUGCAACCACAAUCUCCUUUUACCCUUUUCCCUGUUCACACACACACACACACAGAACCAAAAGUAAUCAAGAUCAGUCACCCAUAUAUGCUAUUAUACAUAUCAGCUUUCCCUUUUGAUUUUGAAUGUGUGUCCUUGUGUGUGUUUUGUUGUAUUACUGGGGAAACAACACAAGGUUAAAAGGUGAAAGGCUCCAUAUUCUGCCCCCUGGUGGCUACUGAUCCUAUUGGAGAGGCUGAGUAUGAAGCUUCGAGUCAGCUGAAGGUAUCUGUUUUUAGUUUUCUUACCAGUUGUCUUCAGCUGACAUAAACCUGAAGAUAACUUUAAUUUAGAUCCUGGCAAAGGUCCUGUUGGUCCAAAUAAAGGUUUUGUCUUUGAGAGAUACUGAAGUGAGUUGUAUAAUCAACCUUUCAAAUGCCUAAAAGAAGAUUUUCACCUUAUGUUAUCACUGAUAUAGAAAAAUAAAUCACUUUUAACUCUG